CGAAAACCUUAUCUCGUAGGAAUUUCCAGUUGUAAAAGUGUACGAUACAAAAACCAAGGAGGAAUCAAUCACGAGGAUGAAAUCGUUUAUGUGCUUGUUUUGCGUAGCGAUCAUCGGUUUUGGAAUUGCAUUGCCGAUAAACGAAACUUCUGUCAAAACGAUACAUCCUAUUGUUUCAAACAUAGUUAGAACAUCGAAUAAAGACUUAUUACAGCUCUAUGAAUCGUCGCAAGAUGCAGAAGUCCGUCCCGGUUUGUUCGAAGGAGAUAUAGCCAUGACCAGUGAGUAUUUCGAUUACUGGCGCAUCGGUUUACGCUGGGAUGUUUUUCCGGACAAACUGUGGGAAAAUAGGACAGUUCCUUAUGUAAUUAGUACUUUGUACGAUAUAGUGGAUUACAUGAAAAUAUACAAAGCCAUCACAUAUAUAAAUUAUAUGACAUGCAUAAAAUUUGUUCCAUGGGAUACUAAAGCCAAAGACUUCUUACUGAUUUGGCCGAUAAUAUACCCUAAGGGGUGCUGGUCAUUCGUGGGGAAAUUCGGUGGAGCUCAGAUACUCUCCUUGGAACCACCGGACGAAAAGGGACCAAACUGCUUGGAAAACGAGGGAAGAGCGAUACACGAGUUAAUGCACGCUCUCGGAAUCUUUCACGAGCACAGUCGCGCCGAUAGAGACAUGUAUAUAGAUAUACACUACGACAAUAUUAUCCCUGAAUUUCGCUCAAAUUUCAAUAAGCAAUCGCCGGAGAACGCGACAUAUAGUUACGAGUAUGGAUACGACAGUAUAAUGCAUUACGGAAGCCAUUUCUUCAGCAUAGAUCCUACAAAACCGACUCUAACUCCGAAAACACCUGGCGUGACGAUCGGCCAACGAAAAGCGAUGAGUAAGAUAGAUUGUUUAAAACUGAACGAUCUCUACGGAUGUUUGGAUAAACCGGAACAAGCGCGAAUAUAUUAUAAUAUUUGCAAAACGUUAGGAUUAUAAAUAUCAACUAAAAUUAAUUUAUAGAUAUAUUCUUUUCGAGGUGGUAAAAGACUAUACUUGCAUAGAUGAAGAAAUACGA